AUGCCCACGACCAGGACGAGGGACCGCCCACGAGGUAGGCGUGGCGAGAUCAUGGCUCAUGUUGGCAACCGCCUCGCCCAAGCGCCAAGGGCCAUACAGAUCUACGCGCAGCACGGAGCGCCCGCCACGCCCGACAACCUGCUGAAUCCCCAGUCGGGCGUGCACCUCCUGGUUCUGCACGAGACCUUUGGGCACGUGAUGGCGGCGCGGCAGUACUUCACGCAGCAGCCCGCGGAGCACCGGCGUUUCGUGCAAGGGCUGGCGUCCGUGCAAUCCGGGAGACUGGUUGUUGUUGCAGGCGUUCCUGAGUGGAUCAUGUUCCUCGGAGAAGACGCUGUAGCCGCCCUCACCGCCCUGGGCUCCUCGUGGGCGUCGCGGCUGGUCCAGGGAGAAGCGUGGGCGUGGGUGGGCGUGAAGGGCGUUGGGACGGUGGCAGAGGCGGUGUCUGUGAGGCGAGGUUUGGCGUAUCCUUCUCGUGAAAUCUGCGUCACUGCGCAUGUGGCUAAGACACCUCCGCGUGUGCGUUGCGAGUGGUACAAGAGACCUGAUUUAAGACGUCAAAUGACCUUUUGCGAGAAGUACGACGGGUACGGUGACCUCUGUUCGUGCGAUGACCCCUUCUUCCCGGAGGUUCGAAAGGUUCAGAUGGGUGGGGCUGUGACUAUACUCGUCGACGGAGCCCACGCAGAGACCAUCGCCUUGGCUGAAGUGCUGCAUCUGCCCGUCGUCGCCCACGCCCCCGAAAGCGCUAGAAACGAGCGGACGAACGCUAACAUCCGCUACGCCCUGCACACCGUCUUCGCUCGCUAUUCGACGGCGGACAAAGCCAUUCUGCUCGAGGACGAUUUGAUUCUGUCGCCCGAUAUAUUGAGUUACUUCCACCAAGUAUCCCGAAUCCUAGACAUCGAUCCUACAGUCUUCUGCGUCAACGCCUUCAGCAGUAAUAGCUACAAGGACACGGCCAGUGACCCUCGGCAGCUGCUGAGGGCGCGAACCUACCCCAUGUACGGCUGGAUGGUGACUAGAGCCUACGCGGAGGAAGUCGUAUAUAAAUGGGUGCCUCCGGGGGUAGGUGACUGGGAUUUCUGGCUCACCUGGGAAGACCUCAGGAAGAACCGAGACAUCGUGUUUCCGGAAGUGUCUCGAACCUUCCACGCGGGUUCAGCGGGGGUUCACGUCACGGGGUUCGAACAGGAGUCUGUGUUCAAUCGCAUGAUCUUCAACCGAGAGCCCGAGGUUCAGCUUGAAGAUGUUCGCGAAGUCGUCAGGGAGAGGUACGACGAGCGCUUGACCUUUGACCUGGAACGAGCCCUCGAGCUGACCCCGCCGAGGGACGUCUGCCGCAUGACCUGGGUUCCUCGCGAGUCGUCCGUUCCGGUGUCGGUCUACGUCUACGCAGAGAACACGAACGAUAAACACUGGGGUUAUCGGCUUUUCCUUUCGUGCUUCCUGACGUUCGACGAAAACACUCAUGAGAUCUACAAAGGUGUCAUACGGCUCAGGUGGCAUGGCACUGUCGUCUACCUGGUGGGCUGCCCUGCGUCACCCUUUUGCCGCCACCUGAGGACUGGCCAGCUGACCAAGCCCUCUCGCGACGACCUGGCUCGGGCGUCGGCGCACAGGGACGAGUGGGAGCAAACUUUCUUCGAGAAAAAUCCGAGGCUGUACCGCUCCAGGGCCGCCCCUCUCAACCAAGUGUUUAAUCUCACCGACAUUCUCUGGAAUGAUGGAUAG